AUGGGUUGUGAGGUUUCCAAGUUUUGUUGCGGUUCAGAACCUUCAGGAUCCAAUCAUGGAGUCACUUCCUCUGGUGUUGAUGAUAGGAUAGGCGAAGGGAAUGAUCUGCCUCAGUUCCGUGAAUUCUCUAUAGAGACGCUAAGGAAAGCUACAUCAGGUUUUGCUACGGAGAAUAUAGUAUCAGAGCAUGGAGAGAAAGCUCCUAAUGUUGUCUACAAAGGGAAGUUGGAUAAUCAGAGACGUAUUGCUGUUAAAAGAUUUAACAGGAAAGCUUGGCCUGAUUCUCGUCAGUUCCUGGAGGAAGCUAAAGCUGUUGGUCAGUUGAGGAACUAUAGGAUGGCAAACCUGCUUGGAUGUUGCUACGAAGGUGAAGAGAGACUUCUUGUUGCUGAGUUUAUGCCUAAUGAAACUUUGGCUAAGCAUCUUUUCCACUGGGAGUCACAGCCGAUGAAGUGGGCAAUGAGACUAAGAGUAGCUUUGCAUAUUGCUCAAGCUUUGGAGUACUGUACUGCAAAAGGGCGUGCGCUUUACCAUGACUUGAAUGCUUAUAGAGUUCUCUUUGAUGAUGACUCGAAUCCAAGGCUUUCUUGCUUUGGUCUGAUGAAAAAUAGUAGAGAUGGAAAGAGUUAUAGCACCAACCUUGCUUUCACUCCUCCUGAGUAUCUCAGAACAGGUCGCGUGACACCAGAAAGUGUGAUGUACAGUUAUGGAACUCUGUUGCUUGAUCUUCUUAGUGGAAAACACAUUCCUCCUAGCCAUGCGCUGGACCUCAUAAGGGACAGGAACAUUCAAAUGUUGAUGGAUUCAUGCUUAGAGGGUCAGUUCUCAAGCAGUGACGGGACUGAACUAAUACGGUUAGCGUCUAGAUGCUUGCAGGACGAGCCUCGUGAGCGUCCUAACCCAAAAUCUCUAGUCACUGCUAUGAUUCCUCUUCAGAAGGAUCUUGAGACUCCUUCACAUCAACUGAUGGGAAUACCAAGCAGUGCCUCAACAACGCCUCUUUCACCACUUGGAGAAGCAUGCCUAAGAACUGAUCUAACUGCUAUACAUGAGAUUCUUGAGAAACUUGGAUAUAAAGAUGAUGAGGGAGCAGCCACAGAGCUUUCAUUCCAGAUGUGGACCAACCAGAUGCAGGACUCGCUCAACUUCAAGAAAAAGGGUGAUGCUGCUUUCAGGCAUAAAGACUUUGCAAAUGCUGCCGAAUGUUAUUCUCAGUUUAUAGAGGGUGGGACAAUGGUUUCACCAACUGUGUAUGCAAGGAGAAGUCUGUGUUACCUAAUGAAUGAUAUGCCCCAAGAGGCACUGAAUGAUGCAAUGCAAGCCCAAGUGAUAUCUCCUGCUUGGCACAUCGCAUCUUAUCUUCAAGCUGUAGCUCUCUCGGCUCUAGGACAAGAGAACGAAGCUCACGCUGCUCUCAAGGACGGAUCAAUGCUGGAGAGCAAAAGAAACGCCCUAUGAUGAUGAUGAUGAUGGAAACAAAAAUACAAGAGGAAAAUUGUUUCUGUCUUCUUACAUUAACCGAAACACCGCAUAGGCUUUGCAGAAUAAGAUCAAUACCCACCGUCCAUCAUCCUCAUAAGUAGAUAAGCUACUAAACAGUUAUCAUCAUCAUCUUCCCUUCACCUUGAUCUUUAUUUCUUUCCAAGUACUUGAAGCAUUCAUUUGGUCUCGUUUUUCUUUUCAACUGGCAUGACAUUUCGCUGUUAUACAUAAGAAAAAAUUGCAUGUGUUGAAUCUUUUGAUGGAGAUUUGAUUAUAUAUUGGGAAUGGUGUGAUUGUGGAUUUCUUUGAUGGGUUCCAUGUUUUGUAAUCAAUGUUUUGUAAUAAUAUGUAAAGAAAGCACUUUGUAUAUUGACU